UUGCCUAGACGUGAUAAUACAGUAAAUAAUUCAAUAGUGUGUUAGGUAACUGCCCACAGAUCUAGAGCCAUCUAUUGUUAUGGAGGUUUCAUGGUCUUUGUCAGAAAAUACAAAACCGUCUAAAUUAAGACCGUCUGACAUCUGUUUUAGUCAGAAGGUAGUCUACCAUCGUUUUCGGCGGUGGUCUGGGCACGGACACAUGACCAUUGGCGAUACCCUAGACGAGAUAAUGGAGGGUCGACUAUCAAUGACAUCACUUCCGGAAAUAGAUUUAAAACAGGAGGAAGACGAGGAGACAGGUGGGGAGACGUUGGUAGGCGGGAAGAAGACUCGUUGGAUUACCGCGGACAACCGUCGUCUUUGGAUUUUCAGACACUUGGAAAGACUAGGCAGGUGUAAAGAGAUUUCUUUCCGAGAGGUGUUUUAUAUCAGCUCAAUAAAAAGGUCGUCGGAAAAUCGUGGUGUUUCUGUCGAGAUAAAAGACGAAGCAGAACCAGGUGGCUACUGGCACAAGGCCCCGAAUGUUACGCACAUUGACCCGAUGAGUGUUAAGUUCACCAAAGCUGUUAUUCCAAUGACCUUUUCUUCAGGAGAUCAUUCAGGGGUCAAUGUAAUGACUCUCGUCAAUGACCUGAUUUCUGAAAAUCUGGAAUGCCAAAAUAUACCAUCCAUCGUUGUUUGGCAAGCCGAAACAGCAAUGAGUGUCAUCGACGGAAAUAGGCGUCUUUGGGCUUUCCAGAAAUCAACAAAAUCCGAAAUCGCUGCGAUUGUUAUAGAGGAUCGACAACUCCUGGACAAUACGAUGCCAAGAAUGAUUGGUAAAUCCCUCAAUGAUUUAAGCUCUGUUUAUGAUUAUACUGAAAUAAUUACGGAGUAAUGAGCUCAGUAUGUGGUCAGUUCUGUAAUAUACAGGCGAAAAUUAAAAAAUUAAACUAUGCGAUAACGGUGAUAACUAUCAAAUCCAUUUAUAGAAAUAAUCUUAUGAAUAGUUUCUUUUUAUUAAUAAAGGAGUUUGUGGUUUUUGUAAGCACAUCCAUGAUAAUAAAAAAUAAAACUUAAGCAUAUAUUUAAAAAAGAUCAAAUAUAACACAUUAAUGAUGUAAACAAGCAAACUAGAAUAUAUGUCUUAUAUAUAUUUCAUAGCAUGCGCGUGACAUAUGUAAAUAAAGAUUACGUAGGUAUGAUGCGUAUGUGAUAUUUACCAAUACUUUGAUACCACAUGUUACAUGUGUGCAUUUUAAAUUACCCUUACUUUUUACCGUUCGUUUUGCUAGCAUACAAUAUGCAAAUCAUACCACAUAUUAUUUUAUUUAAAAUUUAUUUGUUAUUACGUUUUUAAUUUGAUUUAAUGAAGUAGGUGAUAGAUUAACAUUUGGUUUAACAUUUACAUAUUGAUUAGUUAUUAAGUAUUAUAUAUACAAUAUUCUUAAUAAUCCAUUUUAUGUCUAAAAAUGAAAUACUGUAUAACAAAAUGUUAAGACAAAAUGUCAAUGCCCUAAAUGCCUUAAGUUUAACUUUAUCGUGGGCUUAACAAAUACAUACGUGUACCUCUUACUCUGAACCUACUUCUUUUUGGCGAUACAAAUAAUUCGGAACAAAAAAACAUUUGGAUUUUCAUGCACACUCGGCAAUACAUUCAUGAUUCUUAUCGAUUUUAAUUACAAUCCCUCUCUCCUCCCUUCUUUCCCUCUCUCACAUGUCUAUCGAUAUCCGAUUAUCAUAGUAUUAUAUACAAUCGCUUUAUAAAUAUAAUUGUAUGCGAAAAUGUAUUUGGACCUUGUGCUCGGUCUUUCUCUCUAUGACAGCCGACUAGUGGAAACAGAAACACCAGCAGGCAAGGAGUGAACAAGAGGACGUUAUUAGCACAGAAAGUGAUGAACAAUUGAACGGCAGAACAUUAUGAACAGCAAACAGAUAAUCACUAGUUCCGUUUGCAUGGAGAAAGAGCAACCACAUGGUCCGAUUUCAUUAUUACCACAUUAGGAUUCUACUUGAACUUUAAUAUUUCGUACUCUUGUAAUUUUGUUGUAUAUAUGAUUGUUUAUUUAUUGAAAGAGCGUUAUAUAAAUUGUAUGACUUGUGCCAAAUCCAGUUGCAUUAUGGAAAUACAAAAGUAUUAAAUCAAAACAAUGCCUGUAGUGUUUUAGUAAUUCGUAUCAUAAUGUUAUAAUUUAUAACUGCUCCCUCCGGGUAUUUGUAUGUUGGUAUGCUCCCUGAGCAUGCGCAAUUGUCUGGUGAAUAAACAAGCGGACACUGAA